CCAAUGACAAGAGAGAGAGAAGAGAAAGGUUAUCUUAAAUCCUAACCUAAUCAUGAUAUCAUGAGAAACAGAGAAUCAAUCAACGAACACAAGAGUCUGGGACUCUGCGAGGGAGUGACCGAGUUUUGGUUUCCGAGAUUGUUUGUUUGACUUUUUCAGAUUCUGUUUACUGGUUUUUCAUUAUUCCGAAGCAAUCAUCGUUUUACAGGACUGGCAAACUGAUUCACUUGGGAGCCUGAAGAUAUAUGUCAUCUUUGCCUGCUCUUCACUCUCCCCUUGAGAACAAGUAUAUGAAGCCACCCGAUUCUUUCCUUGCAAGAGAUCUGGCUGCAAAUCCUGCCUCAAAACAAGCUACAUCAUCGAAUAUGACCAGAAGUGGUGAACAGAUGUUUUCAUCCCCUGCUGAAUGUCCUGGUGAUAUCCGCUUUCAUGCUGUUUCACAGCAUGACAGGCAAUAUCGAGAUUCUCCAUUCAUUUCUCCAACAUUAGGUGGCAAUGUGACCUCCGAAAUACAUUCAACGGCAUUGAUUUCUCACCCUCAAGAAAACGAUAUUUCCUGGGGACCGGAUCCAUUUCAGGAUAUUCUUAGUUUUCCUGACAAUGUUUUGGUCCAGAAUGAUCAAGUGGAAAACGGUGCUUGUUACAUGAAUGAUGACAAUGUCAAGAGAUCUGAUUUUGGAGAGUGGGUUGAUCAACUAAUGACAAUUGAUGAUUCGCAGCACCCAAAUUGGAGUCAGCUUCUUGGUGAUGACAAUGUAGCAGAACCAAAGCCAAAGGCAAUCCAGGUUUCCCCGCUGCAGCAGCUAUCAUCUGGAGAAGUUAGUGGUCUUUCUAAUUCAGCAUCAACUGCUUCACAAUCUAAGCCUAGAAUGCGUUGGACUCCAGAACUUCAUGAGGCCUUUGUGGAAGCGGUCAAUCACCUUGGUGGUAGUGAGAAGGCUACGCCAAAGGGGGUUUUGAAUCGGAUGAAAGUCGAGGGCCUUACCAUCUAUCAUGUAAAAAGCCACCUACAGAAAUAUAGAACCGCUAGAUACAAACCUGAGUCAUCAGAAGGAACUUCUGAGGCAAAAAUUACUUCAAUCGAUGAAAUGAAAUCGUUAGACUUGAAAACGAGUAAGGGGAUCACUGAAGCAUUACGGUUACAGAUGGAACUCCAGAAGCGGCUUCACGAACAACUUGAGAUUCAACGAAACUUACAGAUUCAAAUUGAAAACCAAGGUAAACAUCUGCAGAUGAUGUUUGAGCAACAGAGAGGAAUGGUUGAGAGCAAGGUUAAGGGCCCCUCCUCCCCUUCGGAUGUGCCUUCUGCUGCACUAUCAGACACGGCGCUACCUUCUUCUCCAAUACACAAUUUAGAAACCUCAAAUGAGGAACAUGACAAGUUAACAAGCAAUAAUAGCAAUCUGAAAAUCAUGCCUGAAGAAAGUUCCAAGGAUGCAAGCAACAAGCAAAUAGAUGGUGGAGCUGAAGUUACCAACGAAGAUGAAGCAGUAGAUGCAGCACCACCCCCAAAACGGGCAAAGAUUUGAUGAAAGCAGAAUCAGGGUUUUAAGUUGCGGUUGUGGAAUUGCAGACAAUACUGUUUGAUGUGGCCGCAACUGCAGUCGCAAUGCUGUUGCGGUGACGCCAAAAUCAUAAUUUAAAACCCUGAGUAUAAUUAUUUUGUGCUCCUAGUGUUAUUCUGCUGGAAUUUCCCUUUCUGCUGAUCAUAAUGAUAUACUCAAUUUGCACAGCAGUUAUGAUUCUAGCUUCAUUGUUUGGAAUAUAACUAAUUGUCUUCCCUAGAUUGUUUUUAUAUUAGUGGACAUGUUUAUAGAGACUGUGGAACUUGUAGAAAUAUUGUUGGAUCAACUAGAUGGUUAUGACAGAUUUAUAAGCAACAUUAAUUCUAAGGGUUUCGUUUUUUUUUC